CAAGUAGCAAUAAGCAUUCACCAUAAAUAGAGCCUAUGUGAUCAAUGAUACAAAAAGCCCCCCGCACCUCAAGCUGACCAAGACUACAUACACUCCAAACUACCCCACAACCGCCGAUACAUAAAACCCUCCCCGGCCUCAACUACCUCUUCCUUCCCACUACCAUACAACCAACCUCAAAACACAACAUCCAUUCCAAACCCCCCCCCCCAAUCCCAGAAAACAACCCUCCUAAGUGAUCAAAAUAUAGAUGCUGCGCAGCCUCCCGAAAAUGGCCCCAAUCGAACGCAUCACCCUCUUCAAGAUCCCGGACGAAGCCGGCCGCGACCGCGUCCUAGAACAAUACAAGAUCCUUGCCAAAACAGCCGUCAAGGACGGAAAGCCAUACAUCGUCAGCGCGGCGGCGGGCGCAUCGUUCCCGGACCCCCGCAACAAGGGGUACAACCUCAGCGUGAAGACGACGUUCGCGUCGCUGGAGGAUAUGCAGUACUAUGACACGCAGUGCGAGGCGCAUAAGGCGUUGAAGGCGGUGGCGGCGCCGGUGCGGGAGGAGGUGCUGACGACGUAUUUUGAGAAUAUCCUUUGAUGAAUUCAAUCUUUUCCGGGGGGUUCUCUUUCGGGGAACAGGGGGUUAGGGGGUUGUAUAUAGGUUUGUUUCGGUUGAGUAUUUCUCGCUUUUUGGCGAGGUCGAGAGGAGGCCAA